UACUUACUCACACAGACUGGUAAGCAUAGGAAAACAGCUUCAGAUUUACAUGAGGACAAACCCCUUCAUUGCCUGACUUUGUCUCUUCACUGUCUUGUUUAGAAGACAGUUUGAAAGUGCUUGUUACAAAACAGUCUUGUUAGUGGAAAGUGACUCAAAAUGAAGAAGUCUCAGUUCUAGGUCUCCUUUUUAUAAAGUCUUACCCAAGAGGAAGUGAGCACGGGGUAAGCCGCAUAAGUGCCGCAGAGAUGAAAUGUAAACCAGGAAGAAACAUGCCGUCGAUGUACUUGAUGGGAACACAUGUACCAUGUGAAGAGACAUGACAAAAACAGCCCUCCUUAAAUUACUUUUGGCCAUAGUGAUCACGUUCAUUUUAAUUUUGCCAGAAUAUUUCAAGACACCAAAAGGAAACAUGUUGGAACUAUCAUGUCUGGAAGUGUAUUUACAACAGAAUUUCAGCUAUUCAUUCUUCUCUACAAAUGCUUCUUUUGUGACCUUUCUGCAACCAAUAGGAGAAACUCAGACUAUUACGGGAAUCUUUCUAAAUCACUCCAGCUUUCAAAACUUCACCAGGAUUUGCCAAGAUAUCACAAGUGAACUCAAGACGUGCUUCUCAUGUUUGGCUUGUGAGUCCAAAGGAAACACUGAUUUUAUUUUUCAGGAACAAACAUCAAAAGCUCUUAUCAUGAGAGGAUCAAUGGAAGUGAAGUCAAAUGAUUUUCACUCACCUUGUCAACAUUUUAACUUCACUGUAACUCCUAUGGUUGACCACCUGGAGGAAUAUAAUCUUACCUGUAAUCUAAAAACCCACACUAGAAGGUCAGCUACCGAGGAGGAAGAUCCAACCGAGGCAACAUCUGUAAACCGUACUUGUAGAACUAUGGAACACCCACAUAAUUGUAUAAACAUUUCUUUCCAUUUAGAAAUGGAUGCAAAAAAUUCUAUCUGUUCCAUGAAGAUCACUUGGUAUGUUCUAAUUCUAUUAGUCUGUAUAGUUUUGCUCAUCUUCAUUAUCCGCAAAAUACUUGAAGGCCACAGAAGAGCGCAGAAAUGGCAGAGUCAUAAAUACAAACCUACAUCUGUCCUCUUACGAGGAAGUGAUUCUGAGAAACUACGAACAUUGAAUGUGCGGGUUAUUUCAGAGACCACCAAGAGGCCACCGACGACUCUGGUCAAGGACGUGCUUCCUCCAAUACCAGAACUAGAAGUUACUUCCGCGGGGCAUCAGCAAGAUCAAUAUACACGACUAUCCUUCUGAACUCCUCUGGGCAAUUUGGACUGAACCCUCCUGAAGAGUACUCAUAAUUCUAUUCUGGGAAUGAGUUAACUGGUAAAUAUUUGGUACAGCUGAGGCUGCACAACAAGAACCAGUAGGAACGCUGACUGGUUGAUGGGAACUAACUCAACAGCACUCAUUUUACCCAGGAGAUCAAAGGAAUGAGUUUUUUCAGAAAGGAAUUAUGAGUCAUGAGAAACAAGCUAAUGAAACCAUGAAAAAGCAAGAGAACACUUAUUUCCUUCAUUUAUCUACCGUUAUACGGCUUACAGUAGCCCCCAGAUUUUGAUUUUGAGGUACCAAAAACAGGGUUGAGGAUGAAAAUGCUUUCUCUCAGCGUCCCACAUUGCAGAUCCUGAUUUGAUGUAUUUUCUUAAACAGAUGGAUUGUUCCUAUUUUAUAAAUUGCUUAAGAGGAUCUGGGUUGGUUGUUCAUACAUUUGCUUGCAUCUAUAAAUCUUGCCUCUUUUUGGCACCGAGAUGUUUAAAAAAUUCAAAGAUACCAAAAUAAAAUGAAUUUAAGUGAAAUAUAUGAAUAUUUAAAUCUAA